AGACGACACCCUCACAAUGUUCAAGAAAUUCUCGCCCACGACCGACAUCGCAGGGCAGACACCGCCCAAGUCCUCGAUCCAACGAUCCAUAAGAUCGAGCAUCCUUUCCCAGUGGAAGAUUGACCAGGAGACACUGGAAGAGAUAUGGCCAAAGAAGGAAUCCAUCAUCCACGUAAAAUGCAGAGAGCAUGUCUCUAUCUACACUCUCCACGGCGAACCCUUGUUCUUCCAACACUUCGAUGGGCCCUUCUACCCGACACUCCGACUCUUCCAUAAAUACCCCUUCAUCCUCCCUCAUGUCCAAAUAGACCGUGGAGCGAUCCGUUUCCUCCUCGCCGGCGCACACAUGAUGUGUCCAGGAAUGACCUCCGCAGGAGGCGGUCUCCCAUCCGCGGAGGACGCGCUGCCACCCGACACUCCCGUGGCCUUCAACGCAGAGGGCAAGGAGCACGCUGUCGGGAUCGGUAUCACGAAGAUGGGGACGGAGGAGAUGAAGAAGGUGAACAAGGGUGUCGGCGUGGAGUCGGUCACGUAUUUGGGAGACGAUCUUUGGGCGUUGCAGAAGUUGUAAGACCAUGAUGGGGGCCGUUCAUACUUGUUGUACUGAUAUGAGAAGAAGUCGAGCACAGAAUAAGAGGAAAGAAAAGCGGGAUUGCCUAUCCCGCUGAACUUUGAUUGUCC